AUGCCUGGCCAAGCCGAGCCCAUGCAGCAACGCUCGCUCCUUGACGUGCCCUCCGCCGGCGUACCGUCCACCGAUGCGCAGAGCCCCAACACGGGUCUCAGUGGGGCCACCGCCGCCGACGCGGAAAGCAUUGGCCGAGCGUCGAAGCACUCGAAACGCAGCUUUGGCAUGGGCAAGCGACGAGCAGGCAGCCUGGCGAGCAGUAAACGCUCCCAUCAACGUGUGGCGGAGAAGGGCGAGGUGCCCCCCGUGCCUGCCUCGACACACCGCGCUGGCUCGACAAGAAGCAAGACAAAGAAGACUGGGGGUCUGCUCUCUUGCCUGCCCUGCUUUGCCCCAAAAGAGUCUCGGGAGCCGAGUGACACAACGCCGCCAGAGAAUGUCAAGCAAGCGCAGAGCAUACCGACGGGUCGAACGUCGCAAUCGACCCCGGUCAAGAAGCAGACACACAACGCCGUCGAGUCCGGCAACAUCGACUCCAAGGACAUGUUGGAGGAAAAGGCGGGGGCUGCCAACUUUACUUCGGGUGACGCUGAGAAGCCCAGCGGCGGUGAUGGUACGCCCGAGCACCAAGUAGUGGAAACCGGGCCCCCGAUGGUGACCAGAAGCUCCUCCAAGAGACAACAGGCCCAGGCCGAUGCCGCUGCGCAAAAUCAGCCGGAUACCCUUCAGACCGGACAUCCCCAGAUCAGCAUCACGAACCCCACACCCACCGCCACACCCGUUCUUCCUCGCCCGUCGGUCGAGCAGCAGCGCAUAAUAGAAGACCAGACCGAGGAGCAGAAGCAAAUCGACGACGACAUUGAGAUGAAGGAUGUACCGCUCUCUACCCAUGACGUCCACCAAGAAGGCGAGGACCAAAGCACCGACGCUCAGCCUGAUCAUCCCAAGGUGGACCUUCCACCGCCGCCACCACUUGUGGAGAGACAGCAUGCAGUCCAAAGCCAGGUUACGGACGCGUCGGAGGCUUCUGAACCGCAAAAAUAUCUCCUUGGCCCAAUAGCACCGAGAUUCAAGGGCAAGAAAUGCCUCGUGCUCGACCUUGACGAGACAUUGGUUCACAGUAGCUUCAAGAUUCUCCAUCAAGCCGAUUUUACGAUCCCCGUUGAGAUUGAGGGACAGUACCACAAUGUAUACGUGAUCAAGCGACCCGGUGUCGACCAGUUCAUGAAGAGAGUGGGUGAAUUGUACGAGGUUGUUGUAUUCACCGCAUCCGUUUCGAAGUACGGCGACCCGCUUCUGGAUCAACUUGAUAUACACGGUGUCGUACAUCACAGGCUUUUCAGAGAAAGUUGCUACAACCACCAAGGAAACUAUGUAAAGGAUCUGUCUCAGAUUGGUCGCGACCUAAAGGACACCAUCAUCAUCGACAACUCGCCCACAUCCUACAUUUUUCACCCUCAGCACGCCGUUCCCAUCAGCAGCUGGUUCUCCGACGCACACGAUAAUGAACUUCUAGACCUCAUACCGGUCUUAGAAGACCUCGCUGGCAGCCAGGUCAGCGAUGUCAGCUUGGUUCUAGAUGUUGCGUUGUAA